AUGCAGACUACCCAGUAUCGAGCCGAGUCUAUGGGCUCGAUUGUUCUACGCCAGUUUUCGAAAGCCAUCUUCAUCAAACUCCCCAAAGCCGUCAUCACCUUUCCCUACUAUGCUGUCUCCUAUAUGUCUAAGUACUCCGUCAAGACUGUGCAGAGAUGGCGUGCCCCCGACUCUCGCCCUUCCAUAGCCAUUGGCCCACCAGGAAUUCUUCCAAGCCCGACACCACUCCCGAGGAAACGUCCACGUGCUCUAUCUCUUCCAACAUCACCAGAAGAUCCGACGAAAGGAACAAUCGCCACCUUUCUCGGCAUCAAACCCAAAGACCCGAGACAGCACACAAGUCCCCAGAGCGGCUGCUCCCUGCUCACCAAACUUCCACUCGAGCUCCGUCUCCACAUCUGGACCCUAGUCGUCGGCGGGCAGAGGCUGCACAUCAUUCCGUCUCUCGUUCCCAGCUUGACCCGCCCGCCGCGCUACACGUUGAUAGAUCCAGGCGUAUUCUACCGGCUCGAUCACGAACGCUGCAAGUGGGAAGAGGACGACUGGGUGGGGUCGCCAUUCGCAAGAAACGCGCACUCCGCGUGUGCUAUCUGGGUCACGGAUGGCGGGCAGCUGUAUUUCAAUGCACCCAGGGUACUAUUACAGGGUCAUGGGCCGUAUGAAGAGGAAGAGUAUCGGUAUCUGAGGUGGUGGGUGCGGAAGAACAGGAUUUUGGCGCUGACGAAGACGUGUCGGCAGAUCUACACUGAAGCAGCACCCCUCCUCUACAAAACCAAUACCUUCGACUUCCGCAACCUUGAUGUGCUCCUCGCCUUUCCCACCACCAUCCUCCCGGACCGCUUCCAACUCAUCCGUAGCCUCACGCUGCAGUUCACCUUCAUGCUCGCCCGGGCCCACCGGCCCUUUCAAGCCCGCUCCGCGCACGGCAAAGCGCAGAAAGACUUGGAGGACUGGCAGAAAGCGUGCGCACUGCUUGCAAAGAUGAAGAAUCUACGUGAUGUGGCAGUGCUGCUGGGUGACCGGAGGGAGCAGCAGCCCGGCGAAGACUGGAAGCGUGCGGCGUUGGAGGCGCUGGGGAAGGUGAGGGUCGAUGGAAGGUUUGUCGCAAGGCUGACGUGGGUGGAGACGGAGUGGGAGAAGGAGGCGGUCGGGCAGGGUGCCUUGCCGUUUGAGAUUCGGAGGGACUUCAUUGAUCAGUUGAGACGUUGA